GCUGCACAAAAAGCAGGAAGCAGACAGAGCCCCGUGUGCGGUUAGCUCGGAGCUAAAGCUAAAAACACUUUGUUAAAAUGUCCAAAGGCCAAACGCUGAGAGCUUUGGUGAAUGAGCGGCUGACUGCGGCUGCUGAAGAGAUCUUUGCGCUGUUUGAAAGAACGAUAGCGGAGUAUGAGGAGGAACUGUGUCGCUCCAAAGAGGACAACCAGAGGAACCAGGACACUCCACAGACUCCACGGAUUAAAGAGGAGCCAGAGGAGCAGAGCGUCAAACAGGAGGAAGACACGCUCCCAGCACAGCUCCCAGUGGGCGUCCCAGAGUCCAGUGCUGUCUGUGUGAAGACAGAAGAGUCCUCACUGCUUCAACAUAGACACAGAGGGGAAACACAGGGAGAGGACAUCAGCACAGAGCCACAUUUACACUCGGAGACUGAGGGACACACGGAGCACUCCUCUGACAAUGAUGAAGACUGGAGAGCUCCAAUCAGCUUUUCAGCUGCACAGAUGGAGACAGAGGCUGAUGGAGACCACUGCAACCAAGUCCAGAUCAGAGCCAGAAGCACUGCUGCACCAAACUCUGGUGCAGACAUGUAUUUGGGGAAUAGACCUGAGACCAGUGCCACUGUGAACUAUGGAGACAUGUCAGGAACAGUCCAAGGAGCUGACAAGAAAAAACACCAGUGUUAUGCGUGUCAGAAGAGGUUUCAGACUGUGUGGAAAUUACAAAGACACAUUCGAGUGCACACAGGAGAGAAACCAUUCAGCUGUUCAACAUGUGAGAAAACAUUUACAACAAAGGCCAAUCGAGAUGUACAUGCAAAGGUACACGCUGGUGUACGACCUUACAGCUGUUCAACAUGUGAGAAAACAUUUCAUCACAAGGCCAAUCUACAUAAACAUGUAAAGAUACACACCGGUGAACGACCUUACAACUGUUCAAUAUGUGAGAAAACAUUUUCUCAAAAGGCCAAUCUACAUGAACAUUUAAAGAUACACACCGGUGAACGACCUUACAGUUGUUCAAGAUGUGAGAAAACAUUUACCAUGAAGUGUAAUCUAGAUGCACAUAUGAGAGUGCACACAGGAGAUAAACCAUUCAGUUGUUCAAUAUGUGAGAAAACAUUUUCUCAAAAGGCCAAUCUACAUGAACAUUUAAAGAUACACACUGGUGAACGACCUUACAACUGCACAACAUGUGAGAAGACAUUUGCUACAAAGUCUCAUCUACGUGAACAUGAGAGAACGCACACCGGUGAACGACCUUACAGUUGUUCCAUUUGUGAUAAAGGGUUUUCACAAAGCUCUAAUUUGAAGAUGCACAUGAAAACUCACAGAACAGAAAGUGACUGAAGGCCAGUUGGUUGUGUUCAUGAGAUGUUUUAAAGAGAAUUCUGUUUUGGAGUCUGCUGCUUCAUAAAGGCCCCAGCACGAAUGUGCAAGGAGGGCGAGUCAGCUUUUCUCUGGCUAAUAUCAGUACUGAAGAUAGUGAGAUACAAAGAUUAGCCAGAGAAAAGAAAUGGUUUGAGAGGGGAGUUAAAGAAGCAAUUUUUGUAAGGAAGGAGAAUCCUUCCUUGAACAGGAAUGGGGGCCCCAGACAUCAUUUAUUUCCUAUUUAUAGCUCCUUCCUCUGACCCAAAGCAAGCAAGGGAAACAAAGUGAACAAUGGAGCUUGCUAGUCUAGAAAGACACAGAAUCAACUCAUUUAGGCUAAAUGAUUAUGCUAAAUAGGUCCCAGGCUAAGUAGAUGUUUACAGUUUUAGUGUAGUCCUCCCUUCAGAUAGAUGUAAGGCAAUGUCCAGCAGCAAUGUGACGAGAACUGAAGAAGCAGCUUGGAUGAGCAGCAAAAUAUCUUCAUUCCUAAAACGUUUUGUCCAGUUGACAGAUUUAAUUUCAGCUUUUACUAUAGAGCAGAUGUGGAUGGCUGAAGGAUUACACAGACAACUCCUUUGAUGUUUUCCAGUCAGGUUUUAGACCCCACCACAGCACUGAGACUGCCCUUCUUAAGGUGACAAAUGACAUCUGCCUGAACACUGAUGCAAGUAAAGUCUCAGUCUUGAUCCUGUUAGAUCUGAGUGCUGCUUUUGACACUGUUGAUCAUGGGAUCCUCUUACAGAGACUAGAGCACUGGGAGGGCAUCUGUAGUACUGCUUUAAACUGGUUCAAGUCCUAUCUAGGAAACAGGGAGUUUUUUUGUUGAAAUUGUAAAAUGUGUCUCAGAUAAAAUGUCCCUGACUUUAAAGCUGCUUUGUUUGUGUACAAGUCUUUCCAUGGACCAGCACCAAAGUACAUCUGCCACAGGUUAGCACCACAUGAACCGUCUCACACUCUGAGGACUUCAGGGACUGGCCUCCUCCUCCAGAGCCAGGACUAAACCAGGGGAAUCAGCAGUUUUCUGCAUAUAAAACCUGGAACAGUCUUCCUGAAGAUGUGAGACAGGCAUCUACUUUGACAAUGUUUAAAUCCAGGCUCAAAACAUUUUUUUUAGCUGUGCAUAUGACUGAAAGGGUUUUAUUCUACACUUUUCUCCUGUAAUUUUCAUUUUAUGAUGAUUAUUUGUGAUUAUUAUUUGUGUUUGGAUUUGUUGUAUUGUGAUUUUAAUGUCUUUUUUAUUCUGUAAAGUACUUUGAAUUUCCUUGCGUACGAAUUGUGCUAUACAAAUAAACUUGCUUU